AAUUGAAUGAAAUGAUCACUUUGUGAGUAAUAAAAAUACUCAACACCGAUGACGUAUUUCGCACUUCCGUCAUCCACCGGCGUCUAGUACCGAAAACGUUGUCUGCUUCUAAGCUCUCAUCACUCCUCAUAUUCUGAAGCAGACAUGUUGGCCUCAAACAUUUCAUCACAGGGAAGGUCUUUAUCUUCACAAUUAUUUUCAAAACGCGGCUUGUCUCUGCUCCGAAAUCAGUGUUUCGUAGAUGGUGAAUGGCGUGAUGCCGCUUCAGGGGAUCGUUUCGAGAUCCUGAAUCCAGUGGAUAGAACGGUCAUUGGUAGAGUGCCAGACAUGGGCGCCGCAGACGUUUCUUCUGCAAUCGAUAGUGCACAUGUUGCAUUCAAGAAUGGACCAUACAGCAAAACAACUGCUAAAGAGCGAAGUGAUUUCCUUCGCAACUGGUACAAUCUCAUGAACAACCAUUCUGAGGAUCUUGCACAGAUACUGACCAAAGAGAAUGGUAAAUCUCUUGCUGAGUCUCGUGCUGAAAUUAAAUAUGGGAACUCGUUUGUUGAGUGGUUUUCAGAAGAGGCGAGACGUAUUAACGGAGAGAUCCUGCAGACACCAGUCGCAGGUCGUGAACUUCUCCUCCUCAAGGAGCCAGCUGGUGUCGCUGCUCUCAUAACUCCAUGGAAUUUUCCAUUUGCAAUGAUAACAAGAAAAGCUGGUGCUGCUUUAGCAGCAGGAUGUACCUGCGUGAUUAAGCCAUCCGAAGAUACCCCACUGACUGCAUUAGCUAUGGCAGAAUUAGCGGCAGCGGCUGGAUUUCCGCGAGGAACGUUUAACGUCGUAACAACUAGUCCGAAAAAUUCUGCACUUGUCGGAAAAGAACUUUGUGAAAAUCCAAAAGUCAGAGUAAUGUCUUUCACGGGUUCUACCGGGGUUGGGAAAAUUCUGUAUCGGCAAUGUGCAUCAACAAUGAAACGUUUGAGUCUUGAGUUGGGCGGAAAUGCACCUUUUGUCGUUUUCGAUUCUGCAGAUAUUGACUUGGCCGUGUCAGGUGCGAUGGCAAGUAAAUUCCGUAAUACAGGACAGGCCUGUGUCUCUUCAAACAGGUUCUUCAUCCACGACAAAAUACACGAUGACUUUGUGGCAAAAUUUGUAGCCAGGAUCAAGAGUGAGAUAAAAAUGGGAAAUGGUUGCACGGAAGGCGUGACCCAUGGUCCUCUGAUAAAAGAGAGUCAGUUAAACAGCGUAUCUGAGUUGGUAAAUGAAGCCCUAAGCAAAGGAGCAAAACUGCAUUGUGGAGGAAAGGCUUUACCUGAUUUGGGUCCUCUCUUUUUUGAGGCAACAGUCCUGACAGAUGUAACAAAGGAGAUGAAGAUUUAUAACACAGAGAUAUUUGGCCCUGUUGCCGUGAUAAACAAAUUUUCCAAUGAGGCCGAUGUUAUAAAAGAAGCUAACGAUACUCCGGUUGGUCUUGCUGGCUACUUUUACUCCAAGGAUAUAUCACAGGUAUUUAGAGUGGCCCGAAAACUGGAAGUUGGAAUGGUUGGAGUCAACGAGGGGGCAAUUUCCUGUACAGAGGCAGCUUUUGGAGGUGUGAAGGAAUCUGGUAUUGGUAGGGAAGGUUCUCACCAUGGUAUAGAUGAUUUUGUAGACAUCAAGUAUGUCUGCAUUGGUAACCUUGUUGAUCAGAAGUGAAUUUGGUAUUCGAAAAUAGGCAUUUCCUUUCCAUAUAGUGCCAUUUUAAAAAUCCAAAGUCUUCCAUAUGAGAAUUUUAUAAACCUAGCCUAAGAUUUAUAAUCAAGAAGAAAUGAAAUAAUAAUUCAUAGUUGAAUAGCAGUACUUUGUAAAUUAUAGAUGUAUAAUAUAUAUCAUAUGUAACCUGUGCUAUAUAGAAAGUGAAAAGUAAUCAAUAUUUAAUAUAGAUUGGAAUGAAAUAAAAUGGAUACAGUAAACGUAGACUUAUAAAAUAUAUAACUAGUCUUCCAUGUACAGUAAAUAUUUACUGUGCUUAUAUUUAUAACCACCUGCUCGAUACGUAGGGUGUCAUGUUAUAUGUAAAUUUUGUAAUCCUAAAAGUAUUUUAAAAACAAGACUGUAUUAUCAUGACAUAGUAAAUACAUACAGCGCAAAGAUUCA